GUUCCGCUGGCUGAACGAGUCGCUCUACACCAUGACGGGCAAGGAAGCGCUGAAGAUGUUCACGAAUGACCCAUCUUUGGCCGAGGCCUACCAUGAGGGCUUCCGGGCCCAAGCGUCCAAGUGGCCGCGAAACCCGCUGGACGGGGUAAUCAGCUGGCUGAGGAAGGAGGUGCCCAAGGAGGCCGUGAUCGGCGACUUUGGCUGCGGCGACGCGCGGCUCGCACUGGAGCUGAGCAAGCGGAAGGUUCAUUCCUUCGACCUCGUCAAGAUCAACGAGAGGGUCACAGCCUGCAACCUUGCCCACGUGCCGCUGCCCAACGCGUCGCUGGACGUGGCCGUGUUUUGCCUGGCGCUGAUGGGCACAGAUUGGAUCAAGUUCGUGGAAGAGGCACACCGCUGUUUGAAGCCGGGAGGUCUUCGGCCUCGGAUUUCGAGACUGGGUGCCGGGUUUCUGGGAUGA